AUUGUUGUGUCGCGGGUGACGUCAGUGCCGUGUGCGGGAGACGGAGCGGCGUGAGCUCGGCGAGACAAAGGCGGCGGACCGAGCGGGGUCAGGCAGCAGCACAGAGCCGAGAACAGCCACUGUGUGUUUUUUAACUAAAAAGGGAACUGCUCGUCUUGGAUUUCAGCUGCGGUCUCCUGACGGUGCGCAGAAUGAAGACCCAGUGACACUCCCAGGAACAUGCGUUGACUCUCCAGAAACAGGAAAAAAAAAAAACAACAGUGUCCUCUUUUCGCUUUUUUAAACGUUUUUCUCCUCCGCCCCCCACUUAGCCUGCUAGUUAGCUCACUAGCUCCUACUAGCGCUGCCUCCUCCUCCUCCUCCUCCUCCUCGUCCACCUCCUCAUCUUUUCCCCCUCAAGAGCUGGGCGGCAAGCGAAGAGAGAGGACCUCGUCGACACAAAGGCAACAUAAAAAGAGGGUGAGCCUCACUCCCAGCAAACAGGCAUCCGUGAUCUGAUGUGAGAUCCACGGAGAGACUAUGCCGAGCCCUUUAUUCCACCCCGAGAUUAUGGACCACGACGUGGUGAUCAGCAGCCAGCACAGCGGGGUCGGUCUGCCCCGAGAAACGGACCAGGAGUCCCGGGAAGAGGACCACCAAGAGGCGCUCCGCUUCGCCCUGGACCAGCUGUCACUCAUGGCCCUGGAGAAGGCGGACUGUGUGGCGGACCCUCUGGACGGGACCCCGGCUCCGGGCUCCGAGGGUUGUAACGGUGUGAGUGGAGGCGGCUACGUGGAUCUACAGAUGCUGGAGCAUCCCAGCGGGUCCAGGGACUCGCCGACGUCUUGCUCUCCAUCCCCGGAGUACUACGGCUCGGGCGGGUACCACAUGGCCGGCUCGCACCCCAUGCUCCACGGGGAACAAAGCUCCGUCCUCUGCAGCAGGAAAAGAAGCGUCAACAUGACGGAGUGUGUGCCUGUCCCCAGCUCUGAACAUGUGGCGGAGAUAGUUGGGAGACAAGGUUGUAAGAUCAAGGCCUUGCGUGCCAAGACAAACACCUAUAUAAAGACUCCAGUGAGAGGCGAGGAACCAGUAUUCAUUGUGACUGGACGUAGGGAGGACGUGGAGAUGGCCAAACGUGAAAUAGUCUCUGCGGCGGAGCAUUUCUCUAUGAUCCGGGCGUCCCGGUGCAAAGCUGGAGGACCUGGAGGAGGAGGCUCUCUCCCUGGACCACCACACCUACCCGGACAGACCACCAUACAGGUGAGGGUUCCCUACAGAGUAGUUGGUUUGGUUGUUGGACCAAAGGGAGCAACUAUCAAGCGCAUCCAGCAGCAGACUCACACCUACAUUGUGACACCCAGUCGAGAGAAGGACCCGGUGUUUGAGGUGACCGGCAUGCCCGAGAACGUGGACCGAGCAAGAGAGGAGAUCGAGACCCACAUCACCCUGCGAACUGGAACCUUUGUAGACCUGCAGGGAGACAACGACUUCCACACUAACGGCACUGACGUCAGUCUAGAAGGCUUAGGCGCCCUGAGCGGAGGGCUGGGGGCAUCUCUGUGGUCCAGGGCUGCCAACCAUCAUUCUGCGCCCCCUCCUCCUCCACCCUCCCCACCUCCUCCUAUUCCCAUGUCCAUGCACCACUCCUCCGGCCGGAAGGUGUCUUCCUCAGUCGCCUAUCACUCGCACAACGGCGGGAUGAGCUCAGACAGCUUCAGCAACACCCGCAAGACCAACGAGGGAGGCAGCCCCACCAGCCCUUUUAGCACAGGCUCCAGCAGUGCUGGAGGAGGUUUCACUUUCGGGGGCGACUCCACCCCAGGGCUGCCCUCCUCAGAUGAACUGGGCUUUGAGUUCAGUGCUUCCAACAUCUGGGCACCUUUUGUUAACGGAGGAGCAGGCAAUAAGACGGCCGGCUCCUCCCAGCAGCAGCAGCCUCUACGUCGCAACAGCAGCGGCCUCAGUGGUGGCGCCAUCACUCCACGAUUGUCUCCAACUCUGCCUCAGGACACGGGUGUGGGCCCCCUGGAUCAUCCGUUAGCCCGUCGUGCCCAGAGCGACCCCCUCAGCACUCUCUCCUGGCUACAGUCUGGCAGUGCAGGAGGCGGCUCCUUCUCCGGAGCGUCCAGCUCCAGCUCCGGCGGCUCAUCAACCGGGUACUCCUCCUGCUCGGCCUCCUCCCUGCCUGGCGGCUCGCCCACUGACUCCGAGGGAGGCAGCAGCGGAGUGGGCCUCAGCUCUGGGAUGCUGAGCCGGCUGAAAGGCGGCUCCGGCCCCGGGGUCGUGGGCCUGGUUGGCGUUAGCCCCGGGGUCAACAGGGACUGCUUUGUGUGUUUCGAGAGUGAGGUGACAGCAGCCCUGGUGCCUUGUGGCCACAACCUGUUCUGCAUGGAGUGCGCUGGGCAAAUCUGCCAGUCAGCUGAGCCAGAGUGCCCCGUCUGCCACACCCCCACCACACAGUGCAUCCGCAUCUUCUCCUAAUGGCAGGGGGAGGGGGAGGGGGGACAUAUUGAAGGGUGGGGGGGCAGGAAGAAGACUGGAGUGGGGCACCAGCUGUGGCGGCAGCGGCGGCGAUGGAAGGAUUCACACUAAUAACCUUCACACACACGAUGGACCAUAAUAAAUGCAUUAAUAGAGAUGAUGAUACUAUACGGAUGUUGAUUUAUUGCUGAUAACUGUCAAGAUUAAUAAUAACAAUAAUAAUAAUGACAAUGACUUAUUUUCAGAGUGAAGUUAAUUGAAACUGGUCUGCAGACAGUUGGGGCUCAGACAGUCUCUCGGCGGUGAACUUAUGGAAGGAAACUAGUGUCUUAUCUCUCUUCAGGCCUUCAUUUUGACCCGGAGCAGCCCGCUCAGCUCGACGUCGCUUCGGGCUGCCGGCCGUCGGUCUGUCUCGACAUUUUCUUCAUUCUGGCUUAUUCAGAUCUCUGCCUGCUUUCUCUCUCACAGCCUUUCCUUUUGACACUUUUGUACUUAACAGAUAUUUUUCGAUGAAGCUGUCAACGAGGCCUGCACUUUUCUACUCCUUAUUUUAACGUUCUCGACAGGACGCAAAACUGUUCCAACAAUCCCUUGCUUUCUCUCUCUCCUCUGCUCUCACUCAUGCUGUUUGUGACAUUAAGCGGCGGGGGGGUCGCUAUUUUUCCGUACGCUUGGAACUUUUUUAAAGGUCGGCAUGUAGUCAGGCACCUAGCAGAACAAUACACCCAAGAGACCUCUUGAGGAUGAAUUCCAGUUUCUCAUUGCCACAUAAUAGAAAUUAGCCAUCAGUAAUGCCAAAUGAAUGCUGUUAAUAGAAGCAAACAUGAUCAAAUUCAAUAACAUGGAUUUGGAUGAGUCUGCCCCACAUUUCAAAUGUGGUUCCCGCAUUGAUUCACAUUAAUGAUCCUUUUUUUAAAAAAAACAAAAAAACAACAACGUAGAAACGUACCAUUAAUGAUACUGAAGGAAUGUGACUGAGGUCAGUUUUCUGUACGUUUGGGCUGCCUGACAAUCCCUUUACAUCUCU